AUGAAUGACAACCAUCCAGAAAUAUCCAUCAAAUCUUUUCAUACUCCCGUGAGUGAAAACAUUGAUGUAGACACAGUGAUAGCGGUGGUCAGCGUGAGUGAUAAGGACUCGGGAAAUAAUGGAGUGGUGGACCUUCACAUUCCACAUAAUAUGCCUUUCACACUGAAGGAGUCUCCGGAUAACUAUUAUAAGUUAGUGGUUUCCGAGCCAUUGGACCGCGAGAAGGUUCCGGAAUACGAAAUCACCUUCACUGUUACCGACAGGGGCUCCCCUCCUUUAAGUGACAAUGAAACCAUGACUUUGCAGCUGCUGGAUGUCAAUGACAAUGUCCCACACUUCCCUCAGUCCUUUUACACCAUCCGCGUGAUGGAGAAUAACGCUCCUGGCGCCUUGCUCAGUUCCCUCAGUGCGUUUGACCCUGACCUCCACGAGAACCAGUACCUGGUUUACUUCAUCCUAGAGAAGGAGAUUGCCAACACCUCCAUGUCUAUGCUGUUCUCCAUCAACCCAGAGAACGGCAACCUUUACGCUCUCAAGACCUUUGACUAUGAGAUGGAGAAGGAGUUCCUCUUCCACAUCGAGGCCCGAGACUCGGGUUCUCCUCCGCUCAGCAGCAACGUGACGGUCCACAUCAUCAUCGUGGAUCAGAACGACAACGCCCCCGUGAUCGUCUCUCCGUGGCGCGCGCACGGCUCGGUGGUGGAGGAGAAGAUCCCUAGAUCCACCGACAAAGGCUCUCUGGUGGCCAAGGUGAUCGCCUUGGAUGUGGAUUCCGUGCACAACUCUCGUGUCACCUACCAGUUCCUGCAGGUGACGGACGCCUCCUUGUUCAGCCUGGACCAGUACAACGGAGAGAUCCGCACCAUGAGGAUGUUCAGCUACAAGGAUUCGCGCCACCAGAGACUGGUUGUGGUCGCCAAGGACAACGGGGAGCCGGCUCUCUCGGCGACAGUCACUAUCAAGCUGUCCACGGUGGAGACGGCCAUCAAGGCCUACUCGGACAUGACCGAGGUGCCUCUGGAAUACGACAUUUUCUCCGACCUCAACCUGUAUCUGGUCAUUGGUCUGGGCUCGGUGUCCUUCCUGCUGCUCAUCACCAUCUUGGUCACCAUCGUGCUCAAGUGUCAGAAGGUCAAGCCCAGCAAAGCGGCUCCUCCCUGCAGGAACAGCGUGAUCAGCGAGAGGAACUCCACCAUCGCAGAUUCCACUCUGGUGUCCAACGAUGCCUACUGGUACAGUCUCUUUCUGGCCGAGACCAGGAAAGGAAAGCUGGUGGUCAGGCAGCCUAUGCCGAAAGGCUCCAGGUACAUCGUGUCCAGUAUUCCCAGGAGUACCGGGGUGUCAGAGACCAGUGACUCUGCCCCAUCUACCUUGCAGCCACGACAAAGGUACGCAUUGUGCGUCAUUUUUAUUCUUCUCUGUUCCGUUAAUCAAAUAUCCACUUCGGUGACCCAUUAUUCCAUACCCGAGGAAAUGAAAGAGGGAUCCGUCGUUGCCAAUCUUGCCACCGAUCUGGGAUUGGAUGUUAAAACACUGAAUCAGAGGAAGAUGCGCCUGGACAUAAUUUCAAACAAAAAAUAUUUGGACGUGAACAAAGACACCGGGGAGCUGUAUAUUGCUGAGAAGAUAGACAGGGAACACAUCUGCCCAACAAAAUCGCCAGGUUCUUGUUAUCUCGGACUAGAGAUGAUCCUGGAAAACCCGUUAAGGAUUUUUAACAUCGAGGUGGAAAUAAUGGAUAUGAACGACAACGCCCCACAAUUUCGGAGAGAUGCCUUUCAUUUGGAUAUUUCUGAAUCGACAUCAAAAGGAGAGAGAUUUUCUCUCAGCAAUGCAGUCGACCCGGAUGUUGGCAGUAACACAGUUAAAACAUAUCAUCUUAGUGAAAGUGAGCAUUUUAAUAUUGAAGUUCAGACAGGGAGGGAAGGAAGAAAAAUUGCAGAUUUAAUAUUGAAUAAGGUUUUAGACCGUGAGCAGCAGGCUGUGCACAAUUUAAUACUAACGGCAGUAGAUGGCGGUACACCUCCACGUUCUGGCACAGCGAGUAUUAUUGUUCACGUUUUAGACAAUAACGAUAACGCCCCUCUGUUUGACAAGUCUACUUAUAAUGUUAAAAUAAUGGAAAAUUCCCCGAUUGGAAGCCUUGUAAUUGAUCUAAAUGCUACUGAUUUGGAUGAGGGCUCAAAUUCGGAUUUAACAUAUACGUAUAGUUUAUACACACCAGAAAAAACACAAGACACUUUUAAUUUGAAUCCUUCUACUGGCGAGAUUACUGUUAAAGGAAUGCUGAAUUAUGAAGAUUUUAAGAUUUAUGAUAUGGAAGUUAUAGCAGCAGACAGAGGUGUCACUAGUUUAUCAGGGCAAUGUACGAUCAAAAUUCAAAUUGAGGACAUGAAUGACAACCAUCCAGAAAUAUCCAUCAAAUCUUUUCAUACUCCCGUGAGUGAAAACAUUGAUGUUGACACAGUGAUAGCGGUGGUCAGCGUGAGUGAUAAGGACUCGGGAAAUAACGGAGUGGUGGACCUUCACAUUCCACAUAAUAUGCCUUUCACACUGAAGGAGUCUCCGGAUAACUAUUAUAAGUUAGUGGUUUCCGAGCCAUUGGACCGCGAGAAGGUUCCGGAAUACGAAAUUACCUUCACUGUUACCGACAGGGGCUCCCCUCCUUUAAGUGACAAUGAAACCAUGACUUUGCAGCUGCUGGAUGUCAAUGACAAUGUCCCACACUUCCCUCAGUCCUUUUACACCAUCCGUGUGAUGGAGAAUAACGCUCCUGGCGCCUUGCUCAGUUCCCUCAGCGCGUUUGACCCUGACCUUCACGAGAACCAGUACCUGGUUUACUUCAUCCUGGAGAAGGAAAUCGCCAACACUUCCAUGUCCAUGCUGUUCUCCAUCAACCCGGAGAACGGAAACCUUUACGGUCUCAAGACUUUUGACUAUGAAAUGGAGAAGGAGUUCCUCUUCCACAUCGAGGCCCGAGACUCAGGCUCUCCCCCGCUCAGCAGUAAUGUGACGGUCCACAUCAUCAUCGUGGAUCAGAACGACAACGCCCCCGUUAUCGUCUCUCCGUGGCGAGCGCACGGCUCGGUGGUGGAGGAGAAGAUCCCCAGAUCCACCGACAAAGGCUCUCUGGUGGCCAAGGUGAUCGCCUUGGACGUGGAUUCCGUGCACAACUCUCGCGUCACCUACCAGUUCCUGCAGGUGACGGACGCCUCCUUGUUCAGUCUGGACCAGUACAACGGAGAGAUCCGCACCAUGAGGAUGUUCAGCUACAAGGAUUCGCGGCACCAGAGACUAGUUGUGGUCGCCAAGGACAACGGAGAGCCGGCUCUCUCGGCGACAGUCACCAUCAAGCUGUCCACGGUGGAGACGGCCGUCAAGGCCUACUCGGACAUGACCGAGGUGCCUCUGGAAUACGACAUCUUCUCCGACCUCAACCUGUAUCUAGUCAUCGGUCUGGGCUCGGUGUCCUUCCUGCUGCUCAUCACCAUCUUGGUCACCAUCGUGCUUAAGUGUCAGAAGGUCAAGCCCAGCAAAUCGGCUCCUCCCUGCAGGAACAGCGUGAUCAGCGAGAGGAACUCCACCAUUGCAGAUUCCACUCUGGUGUCCAACGAUGCCUACUGGUACAGUCUCUUCCUGGCCGAGACCAGGAAAGGAAAGCUGGUGGUCAGGCAGCCCAUGCCAAAGGGCUCCAGGUACAUUGUGUCCAGUAUUCCCAGGAGCUCCGGCGUGUCUGAGACCAGCGAUUCUGCCCCUUCCACCUUGCAGGUAUGA